AUGCCACCUAAAGGUAAAAAAGGCAAGAAGGGACCACCAGAAUCAGGAUGGAUGCCUGGUUUUGGUACCAAAGCCACAAUGAGUACCUACUUCCAAUACCCAACCCCCGAAAUCCAGGAGGAGCUGAAGAAGAUAGCGCAGGCUAUUGUGGCUCCUGGCAAGGGUAUUCUUGCUGCUGAUGAAUCUACUGGAACCAUGGGCAAGCGUCUCCAAGACAUUGGAGUGGAGAACACUGAAGAGAACCGUCGUAAAUACCGUCAGCUUCUCUUCAGCACUGACCCAGCCCUCUCUGAGAACAUCUCUGGAGUGAUCCUUUUCCACGAGACCCUCUACCAGAAGGCCGAUGAUGGCACACCAUUGGUCCAACUGCUGGAAAAGCGCGGAAUCAUCCCCGGAAUCAAGGUCGACAAAGGUGUCGUGCCACUUUUCGGAUCUGAAGAUGAGUGCACCACCCAAGGUUUGGAUGAUUUGGCCCAACGUUGCGCUCAAUACAAGAAGGACGGAUGUCACUUCGCCAAGUGGCGUUGCGUACUGAAGAUCGCGCGUAACUCACCAUCCUACCAGGCUAUCAUGGAGAAUGCGAAUGUCCUCGCACGUUACGCUUCUAUCUGUCAAAGCCAGCGUAUCGUUCCUAUCGUGGAGCCAGAGGUGUUACCCGAUGGUGAACAUGACUUGGACCGUGCCCAGAAAGUAACAGAAGUGGUGCUGGCUGCUGUGUACAAGGCUCUUAGCGACCACCAUGUCUUCCUUGAGGGAACACUCCUUAAGCCUAACAUGGUGACCGCUGGACAGAGCUGCAAGAAGCAGUACACUCCAAUGGACAUUGGCCGUGCCACUGUUACUGCUCUACUCAGAACUGUGCCUGCUGCUGUUCCCGGAAUCACAUUCCUCUCUGGUGGCCAGUCUGAAGAAGAGGCGUCCGUGAACUUGAACGCUAUCAACACCGUCGACCUGAAACGCCCAUGGGCCUUAACCUUCAGCUACGGUCGUGCCCUUCAGGCCUCAGUGCUCCGCGCAUGGGCGGGCAAGCCUGAGAACCUACUAGCCGGACAACAGGAAUUGUUGAAGAGAGCUAAGGCCAACGGUCUUGCAGUUAGAGGACAAUAUGUCGCCGGAUCGAUUCCUUCCCUAGCCGCCUCAAAAUCUAACUUUGGUAACGGUCAAGCUUCACAGGGCAAAUACGUCGCUGGAUCCGUCACAGGUGUGGGCGCCGAGGCUGGUCUUUUCGUAGCAAACCAUGCUUACUAA